GCGUGUGCCACCACCACCAGGCCUUAAAUAAGUAACUUAAAAGAAAAAGCAAAGAACCUGGUUGCUGUGGAUGGUAGUACAUAUUUUUAACCCCAACACUCAGGAGGCAGAAGAGUUCAAGGAUACCCUACUGUAGAUAGCAAUUUCCAGACCAGCCUGGAUUGCACAGUGAGACUUUGUCUCUGAAAAAAAAAAAAAAAAACAGACCACUGGUUUACAACAAUACACAAUUUAUAAUACUAUCAAGAAAGUCUAGAAAAGGAAAAGGAAACUGAUUAAGCAAGCACAUGACAAUAACUACUAAGAGAUUCAUUUUAUGGGAAGGUCUAUGUAUGAUAAUUUUAAGUAGAAAAUACAAUUCAAAAUGAUAAAUGCACUAAAACAAUUCAAUUUUAAAAGAUUGUUGAUUUAUAGUCGCACCUUAUUUUAAGUAGUAAAACACAACCACUUUAUUUUUAAGUAGUAAAACACAACCACUUUAUUUUUCUUUAUAUUGGUCAUAUUCAAGAUAAAAUAAAAUGAGCUCCCCGUUUUAAGGGGGAGUGACCUCCUAGUUCUUUCUGAGCCAAGUCCUUUAACAGUCUUGUUGCAUUGUUCUCUAUAGACCAGAACAUCCCUAUUCAAACAUUGGGAGAAAAUAAAAAAUGAUUUUAAAAUUUGUGGAUCAAUAAGAACUCCUUGCUUUGCACACAGCUCCAAGGGGGGGGGGAGCCCCCACAACACUAGAGGAUGAUGGGAGUUAAAGGAUGUUUAAAUACUGUGGCAAGAUUACUCUGGGCAGCUGCUGAGCUGAUACCUGGCAACAUGAAGGCUCUCCUCACCCUGGGGUUCCUCUUGCUUUCUGUCACUGUCCAGGCCAAGGUCUAUGACCGAUGUGAGUUCGCCAGAACUCUGAAAAGUCAUGGAAUGGAUGGCUUCUUGGGAAUCAGCCUGGCAAACUGGGUGUGUUUGGCUCAGCAUGAGAGUAGCUUUAACACAAAAGCUACAAACUACAACCCUGGAUCCAGAAGCACAGACUAUGGGAUAUUUCAGAUCAAUAGCAAAUACUGGUGUAAUGAUGGCAAAACCCCAGGAGCAGUGAAUGCCUGUGGGAUAUCAUGCAGCGUGUUGCUCCAGGAUGACAUCACUCAAGCCAUACAAUGUGCAAAGAGGGUUGUGAGGGAUCCACAAGGCAUUAGAGCAUGGGUGGCAUGGAAAAGCCACUGUCAAAACCGAGAUCUCACCCAGUAUAUUCGGGGCUGUGGAGUCUAACCACUGUGCUCUUCUGCUUCAGCUCAUUCUGUCUCUGUAUUGCUAUAGAAGUAGAAAUGGAAAAGGUCACAUGUUCUUGGACUCCCCUUUAGACAAGCACGAUUUAAACAGAAACAGGAGCAAAAUGGAGACUGUUUCCUCAGAGGCUUCAUGCUGACUAAUGUCUUCAUUGUUCUAAGCAAAGUCAUCAUUUUUUGGUUACCUAGGCAGCAGAUGCUGGUGACAGUGGUCUAGCACUUUGAUGGUCACACGCAUCUCCAUACAUCAGUUCUUCAUCUGUGAGGUAAUUCACAUUCAGUUUCUGCAGAAUUAAUCUCCAUCUCCCCCUUGUUGGGUAGACAUACAGCAUGUAUUUACAGGAGACAGUAGAUCUUGGGUAAAAUGGCAGCUGUGUGAGGUCCCAGGCCCUGUGUGUGGGCUCAGCAUCCAGACAGUUAGAACAGCCACUGUGUAGGGCAAGGAGUUUGUAAGGGAACAGAACCCUGAGUGGAUGGAACUGAGUCUCCUCAACUCAGAGACUUGUUGUCAUGACUAUGUGACCUUUCAAAAAAUAUAUUCUUAGAGUUGUCCCAUUUAUGCUUCUUAAAAAGUAAAUUCUCACCUCAUGUCAAAGUCUGUUUUAACCCUUGAUAGAGUGUUCCCAUGCUUCUUGCAGAUCAUGAGGUAUUCAGGACAGAUUAGUGACUGUGCUA